CUCCCCCAGCUAGUGAGUGCGUGAACGAGAAAGGAGGAGGGCUCUCCAGGCGAAAGCACUGCAGGCGCCAUUAUCCUCUGUUUCUCUAGUGCACCAACUUCGACGUCUUGCCUACUUCCCGGUUAUUUGCGGCCUAUAGGCUACUGCAGCACUAGGGUGUCAGUUGGUCCCGCCCAGAACACUUCAGUUCUGCCCUGCAAGGAUAUAUUUAAUAACUGUCUCUUUAUUUUUCAACAGAUUGGUGUGUCCCUUUAAUACAAGAAAAUGGAAACUGAACAGCCAGAGGAAACCUUUCCCAACACCGAAACCAAUGGCGAAUUUGGUAAGCGCCCUGCUGAAGAUAUGGAAGAGGAACAAGCUUUUAAAAGAUCUAGAAACACUGAUGAGAUGGUUGAAUUACGCAUUCUGCUUCAGAGCAAGAAUGCUGGGGCAGUGAUUGGAAAAGGAGGCAAGAAUAUUAAGGCUCUCCGUACAGACUACAAUGCCAGUGUUUCAGUCCCAGACAGCAGUGGCCCCGAGCGCAUAUUGAGUAUCAGUGCUGACAUUGAAACAAUUGGAGAAAUUCUGAAGAAAAUCAUCCCUACCUUGGAAGAGGGCCUGCAGUUGCCAUCACCCACUGCAACCAGCCAGCUCCCGCUCGAAUCUGAUGCUGUGGAAUGCUUAAAUUACCAACACUAUAAAGGAAGCGACUUUGACUGCGAGUUGAGACUGUUGAUUCAUCAGAGUCUGGCAGGAGGAAUUAUUGGGGUCAAAGGUGCUAAAAUCAAAGAACUUCGAGAGAACACUCAGACAACAAUCAAGCUUUUCCAGGAAUGUUGUCCUCAAUCCACUGACAGAGUCGUUCUUAUUGGAGGAAAACCUGAUAGGGUUGUAGAGUGCAUAAAGAUCAUCCUUGAUCUUAUAUCAGAGUCUCCCAUCAAAGGACGUGCUCAGCCUUAUGAUCCCAAUUUUUACGAUGAAACCUAUGAUUAUGGUGGUUUUACAAUGAUGUUUGAUGACCGCCGUGGACGUCCUGUGGGAUUUCCCAUGCGGGGAAGAGGUGGUUUUGACAGAAUGCCUCCUGGUCGGGGUGGGCGUCCCAUGCCUCCAUCCAGAAGAGAUUAUGAUGAUAUGAGCCCUCGUCGAGGACCUCCUCCACCUCCUCCUGGACGAGGUGGCCGGGGUGGUAGCAGAGCUCGGAAUCUUCCUCUUCCUCCACCACCACCACCUAGAGGGGGAGAUCUAAUGGCCUAUGACAGAAGAGGAAGACCUGGAGACCGUUACGAUGGCAUGGUUGGUUUCAGUGCUGAUGAAACCUGGGACUCUGCCAUAGAUACAUGGAGCCCAUCAGAGUGGCAGAUGGCUUAUGAACCACAGGGUGGCUCUGGAUAUGAUUAUUCCUACGCAGGGGGUCGUGGCUCAUAUGGUGAUCUUGGUGGACCUAUUAUUACUACACAAGUAACUAUUCCCAAAGAUCUGGCUGGAUCUAUUAUUGGCAAAGGUGGUCAGCGGAUUAAACAAAUCCGUCAUGAGUCAGGAGCGUCGAUCAAAAUUGAUGAGCCUUUAGAAGGGUCCGAAGACCGGAUCAUUACCAUUACAGGAACACAGGACCAGAUACAGAAUGCACAGUACUUGCUGCAGAACAGUGUGAAGCAGUAUGCAGAUGUUGAAGGAUUCUAAUGCAAGAUAUUUUUUCUUUUUUAUAGUGUGAAGCAGUAUUCUGGAAAGUUUUUCUAAGACUAGUGAAGAACUGAAGGAGUCCUGCAUCUUUUUUUUUUUAUCUGCUUCUGUUUAAAAAGCCAACAUUCCUCUGCUUCAUAGGUGUUCUGCAUUUGAGGUGUAGUGAAAUCUUUGCUGUUCACCAGAUGUAAUGUUUUAGUUCCUUACAAACAGGGGCGGGGAGCUGGGGGGUGUGCAAAAACUAACAUUGAAAUUUUGAAACAGCAGCAGAGUGAGUGAAUUUUAAUUUUUGUUCAUUGUUGGUGGUUUAAAAAAAAAAUCCCCCCAUGUAAUUAUUGUGAACACUUUACUUUGUGAUCACUGUAACAUUUGGGGGGGUGGGACAGGGAGGAAAAGUAACAAUAGUCCAUAUGUCCCUGGCAUCUAUUCAGAGCAGUGUGCAGAAUGUAAUGCUCUUUUGUAAGAAACGUUUUAUGAUUUUUAAAAUAAAUUUAGUGAACCUAUUUUUGGUGGUCAUUUUUUUUUUUAAGACGGUCAUUUUUCAAAUGGCUGAAUUCCCCCCAACCUGCCCCCAAACUAAACACUAAGUUUAAUUUUCAGUCCUCUGUUGGAUAUAAAUAAAUGCAUCUCUUCUUGGACUUAGGCGAAAUAUCUUAACACAUUCAGUUCUGGUGAUUUCUUAAGUGAUUUGAAAGUCCAUUGCUUGGGAGGAAAUUCCACCACACAUUCAUGCUUAUAAUAAGCUGGGGAUUUUUGUUUGUUUUUGCAAAUGCUUGCCCCUACUUUGCAACGAUUUUCUGUUUGUAAUUGUGAAGAACCAAGGUGGGGAGCAAUACAACAGAUGGAGUAGUUGGUAUAAGUAUAUACCAGAAGCUUAAUGGCAGCAAGUUUUAUUAAUCAGAAUAAUACUUGGUUAUGGAAGUGACUGAUGCUAAAUAAAUUGAUUAUUUUUUAUUAGAUAAUUUCUCACCUAUAGACUAAACUGUCAGCUUGGUAGUAUCUAUUAGUUAAACUGUAAAAUAUAUAUAUAUAUAUUCUUGUUUUUCCAUUGUAUGCAAAUUGAAAGAAAAAGAUGUACCAUUUCUCUGUUGUAUGUUGGAUUAUGUAGGAAAUGUUUGUGAACAAUUCAAAAAAGAUGAAAAAAGUUCCUGUGGAUGUUUUGUGUAGUAUCUUGGCAUUUGUAUUGAUAGUUAAAAGUUCACUUCCAAAUAAAACUCCCAAAAUGCUAGAUUUGAUGUGUGCCCAAUUCGAACAAAGGUUGAUUGACACCUGUAAAAUUUGUUAAAACAUUCCUCUUGUAAGGAAAUACAAUAAUCUUAAAUUA